AUGACACCUUGCGAGUAUUGGCUCCCGUUGGUCAGCGCAUUGCGCUCCCGAUGCAAGCUGAUUCCGCAGAAUGGUGAGCGAACGCGAAGUCACGAAGAGGACCAACAGCACUCACGCAGAUUCAACUGGCCGACUAAGAAGGUCUUCAUUCGAAGCAACUCAACAUAUUGUGAAGAUACAACAUCGCACAGCAAGUUAGCAGCAGCGGCUCGAACCUACGGCCUGCCGACCUCCCGAUAUUUGAUCCAGAAACGCUCCUACGCAGUCGAAUUCGAUUCUCGCACACGAAACCCGGUUUACGUGGUGGAAUACUUGACGCGAGACAACCUGCGCAAUGUCCAGGUUCAACGCACGUCGUUUGGAGGAGCAGGGAAUAAAUCCGCGAAGGCCUUACCUGCGGAUGAAAGCCAAGUCGUGAAUCAGGAACGACAAGAUGCCGUGUCUGAUUUUUCAGCGUCAGCAGGGCUGAGAAGCGUCAACAAAGAAACCGGCGAACAAAUACCGAGCGGCCAGAACGUCCUUCUCCGCGACCAUUUUCAGGAGGAGGAGAAAAUAUCGGAAAAAAUGCGCAACAAGCUCUCCCACUUCUACCGCAGCGGUUACGACCGGGGGCACCUCGCCGCGGCGCGGAACCAUCGGCACGACGCUGAAGCUUUUUCCGAAACCUUCAGCCUGGCUAACAUCAGCCCGCAGGUUGGUCGCGGCUUCAACCGUGGCUACUGGGCGGGUUUGGAGCGGUUCGUAGCGGAAGCAGUUUUGUUCGGGGCGGCAAAAGCAGCAGAUGGUGCAGGCAAUAAGAUCGUGGAUGAACUUCUUAUUGACGAGGCAAUCGUGAUAACUGGUCCGUUGUUCCUGCCACAGGAGGUUGUGGGACGGAAAGCAAAAGAUCAGGAGACCGAAGCGGAGCCUCUGGCUGCUCCCAAGACCACUCCUCACAGACUUCGCGUCGAGUACCCCGCUCUUGGACAAGUUCCUAAUCUCGUCAGCGUACCGACGCAUUACUUCAAGAUCGUUUUUGCGAAAGACCGCUUUUUGGCUUGUUUCCUGCUCCCAAACUGCGAAAUCGAACCCGAGAUCCCGCUGCUGUUCUUCUUGCGCUCCUUGGACGAGUUAGAGGAACUAAGCGGCGUUGAAUUUUUUCCGAAAAUGAGCCCCGCGGAGCGGAAAGCACUGGACAAGAUGGAGUUGGAGGUCCUGAAGCUGGUGCGUACGAAAUUGGCGAUUCUACCUUCGGCAGAGGUCACAGAGGUGCAGAAAACGGAAAAAGAUUUCAGCACAUCAAGAAGAAAGGAGAAAGACGGAAAAAAUGCAAUAAGGGAACAAGAAAAUGGAGAAACAUCCACAGGCGUGCUUUCCACAGUAUUUCGAGACAUUCGGAGGAUGCUGUUCAGCCAGGCGGAUUCCGAUUCUGUUUCUGGGGCUAAAGCGAGUGUAGAAGAAAGAAAAACAGUGGUGAAAUUUUCAGAAGGCCUCGCUGCGGCUGACAAAAAAAUGGAAGAUAUUGGAUCGAAUUUGCUUCCUGCAACACAUGGCAAGUUUCGACAUCUGUGUGAAGUUGUGCGAUGUCGCAUUCGAACGCAAAAGCCUCCGACUACUAGUCCAGCUUCAGUCGAUUCUGCAGCGGGUCUUGUUGCUGCGAGCGCUUAAGCAUUUUUAACGUCUUUGAAAAU